CUAAAAUAAAGGGAAAAGUCACAAGACCAAAACUAUUAAACUUAACAUAAUUUCCGAGAUAUGACACUUAUGAAUAUUUAUAAUAUUUCUACCAGUGUGUUUGCAGGCUUUGCCAUUUUUCAAUUUUGGGUCAUAUGGCUCACAUCUAUGGAAAGCCUGUUGCAGCAGUGGUGAAGGAAGGAUUUGGCCUGGCAUUCAUUGCGUAUCCAGACGCCUUGGCUAAACUUCCCAUUUCCCCUCUCUGGUCCAUCUUGUUUUUUUUUAUGUUUGUCAUAGUGGGCUUGGACUCUCAGUUUACAAUUUUAGAGGUGAUCACCACCUGCCUGACGGAUGCUUUCCCUGCAAUCUUCAAAUCCAAACGUAUCUCAUUGACUAUCGGGACAUGUGUCACUGUCUUCCUCUUGGGCCUGCAAUGUUUCACAAGGGCAGGAAUAUACUGGGUGACUGAUUGACCAGUUUGCUUGCGGUUGGGUUCUGAUCAUUUCGGCUUUAACAGAAAUCAUUGGCUUCUGUUACAUAUAUGG